CUCCCCCUGUGGCAAGCCCAGCCUCUCGCUUCCCUCCUGGAGCCCUUUUCAUUUUUAUUUCUAACCCCCUCUCCAUUCUCCCUGCUGCCUCUGCUCCUUCCCCCGAUGGCUACGAACUGAGCAGCAGAGGAGAGGGGGGGCACAGGAAUAAGGAAAGGGGGGGGGGGAAGCAACAAUAAAAGAAAAAGCAAAAAGAAAGAGGAAAGAAUAAAACAGGGAUUUUUUUUUUCCUCUGCCCUUAAUGCCCGCGAUCUGGAUCAAGGAGGGGGAUUUUCUGUCUGAGCAUGAAAAGGACUGCUAGAGCCCCAGGAUUUUCACGCCUGCAUUAUCAACCCAGCACCCAGUAUGCAAGCUGGACAGAGAAGCUCUCCCACAAGUUCCUACCGAGCCGAAUAAAACCCACGGGCGAGCAGAUCUCCGCCAGAGAGGGACAUUAGCAUCAGGACUCCACAGAAUGGAGCAAGAAUGAGAGGAAAAAGGCAGACAGAAAAGCAUGAACUGGAGGCUUGUUGAGUUCCUCUACCUCCUGUUUAUAUGGGACCAUAUACUAGUACAGCCCUCCCACCAGGACCCAGCUGCCACCAACCAACAUGUCUCCAAGGAGUUUGAUUGGCUUAUUUCAGACAGGGGGCCUUUCCACCACUCGCGGAGCUACUUAUCCUUUGUGGAAAGACAUCGUCAAGGAUUUACAACCAGAUAUAAAAUAUACAGGGAGUUUGCCCGUUGGAAGGUGAGGAACACAGCCAUUGAGCGGAGGGACCUGCUCCACAACCCACUGCCCCUGAUGCCUGAGUUCCAGAGGAGCAUCCGCCUCCUGGGCCGGAGACCCACCACGCAGCAGUUCAUCGAUACCAUCAUCAAAAAGUACGGCACCCACAUCCUCAUCUCUGCCACCCUGGGAGGAGAGGAGGCCUUGACCAUGUACAUGGACAAAAGUCGCCUCGACAGGAAGUCAGGAAAUGCUACCCAGAGCGUGGAAGCUUUGCACCAGCUCGCUUCCUCCUACUUCGUAGACCGUGAUGGCACCAUGAGGAGACUCCAUGAGAUCCAGAUCUCUACCGGAGCAAUCAAGGUAACAGAAACUCGGACUGGCCCCCUGGGCUGUAACAGCUACGACAAUCUGGACUCUGUGAGUUCUGUCCUUCUGCAAAGCACUGAAAGCAAACUCCACCUGCAAGGUCUCCAGAUCAUCUUCCCCCAGUACCUACAAGAGAAGUUUGUCCAGUCUGCCUUGAGCUACAUCAUGUGCAAUGGGGAGGGCGAGUACAUCUGCCGGAACAGCCAAUGCGGCUGCCAAUGCGCGGAGGAGUUCCCACAGUGCAACUGCCCCAUCACCGACAUCCAGAUCAUGGAGUACACUCUAGCCAACAUGGCCAAGACCUGGACAGAAGCCUAUAAAGAUCUGGAGAAUUCAGAUGAGUUCAAAUCCUUCAUGAAAAGGCUACCUAGCAACCACUUCCUGACCAUUGCGAGCAUCCACCAGCACUGGGGAAAUGACUGGGACCUGCAGAACCGCUACAAGCUGCUGCAGAGCUCCUUGGAAGCCCAACGCCAGAAGAUCCAACGCACUGCCCGCAAACUCUUCGGCCUCAGUGUCCGGUGUCGGCACAACCCCAACCACCAGCUGCCUAGAGAAAGGACGAUACAGGAAUGGCUUACCCGGGUCCAGUCCCUACUCUACUGCAACGAGAAUGGGUUUUGGGGCACUUUUUUGGAAAGCCAGAGGAGCUGUGUUUGUCACGGUGGCACCAGCUUGUGCCAACGUCCCAUCCCUUGCAUCAUUGGGGGCAACAACAGCUGUGCCAUGUGCAGCCUUGCCAACAUCUCUCUCUGUGGCUCGUGCAACAAGGGCUAUAAGCUUUAUCGGGGCCGUUGCGAGCCUCAGAACGUAGACUCAGAGCGGAGUGAACAAUUCAUCAGCUUCGAGACGGACUUGGACUUCCAGGACCUAGAGUUGAAGUACCUGCUGCAGAAAAUGGACUCUCGCUUGUAUGUGCAUACCACCUUCAUCAGCAACGAGAUCCGCCUGGACACCUUCUUUGAUCCCAGGUGGCGCAAACGCAUGUCCCUCACCUUGAAGAGCAACAAGAACAGGAUGGACUUCAUCCACAUGGUGAUUGGGAUCUCCAUGCGUAUCUGCCAGAUGCGCAACAGCAGCCUAGACCCUAUGUUCUUUGUCUAUGUCAACCCAUUCAGCGGGAGUCACUCCGAGGGCUGGAAUAUGCCCUUUGGGGAGUAUGGCUACCCACGCUGGGAGAAAAUCCGCCUCCAAAACAGCCAGUGCUACAACUGGACCCUGCUACUGGGCAACCGGUGGAAAACCUUUUUCGAGACCGUCCACAUCUACCUACGCAGCCGGACACGGCUGCCCUCCCUGCUGCGAAACGAGACGGGCCAAGGGCCCGUGGACCUUUCUGACCCCAGCAAGCGCCAGUUCUACAUCAAGAUCUCGGACGUGCAGGUGUACGGCUACAGCCUGCGCUUCAACGCUGACCUUCUGCGCAGCGCCGUGCAGCAGGUCAACCAGUCGUACACGCAAGGGGGGCAGUUCUAUUCUUCCUCCUCUGUCAUGCUCUUGCUGCUGGAUAUUCGGGACCGAAUCAAUAGACUGGCACCUCCUGUGGCCCCGGGGAAGCCCCAGCUGGAUCUGUUCUCUUGUAUGCUCAAGCACCGCCUGAAGCUCACCAACAGUGAGAUCAUCCGUGUGAACCAUGCUCUAGACCUGUACAACACCGAGAUCCUCAAACAGUCGGACCAGAUGACAGCCAAACUCUGCUAACCCGGACUUUUCAGUGGGACACAUUGGUGACUGAUCCUUUUGCUGUAAAAAAAAUAAAAAAUAAAAGAGAAAAAAAAAAAAAGAGAAAAAAAAAAAACAAGUAAAAAGAAAGAAAGAAAAGGGGGGAAAAAGUAAAGAAGGGGGAAAAACAAAAUUUGUAAAAUGUAAUUAAUAUACAAAAGAGAAAAAAAGAGAGGAAAUUCUUCAUUUGUUGAAAACUAAACCCGUUCUAGCAGCUGUAUAAAACUGUCAGGCAUGUUUGUUAUUUCUAUAAUCCGUCAUAAAAGAGUAACACCUUACUCUCUCUUGACCUUGGAGGUGUUGCUUGCUAGUCCUCAGGGGCAGCAGGGUAAAUAAAUAAAGGGAGGAGCUGAGAGAGGGGCAAGUUUCUGUAAUGAACUGUAAAGAUUUCUGCUAUGCAGGUGCCAAGACAAAGA